AGCCGGGAGUCGCGACGCUGGCUCACAUAACUAAAAAAACCUCGUCAAGAUUCAGGCCAACUCCCCACUUGUGCUUCGGCAAGUCAGAUACAGAGCAACGACUUCUUUCUCUGCCGCGGAGACUCCAUCUAAAUUGACUCGGAAAGUAGUUGGGUGAGACAGAACAGAAAGAUACCCUUUCGCUGUGAGCUGGCAACCUCUGGAAUGAAUAAGAAUCUUUUCUCCCCGUAUCGGUUAAAAAUGAGCACGUUAUGUUUACUUCUAGCUUGUCUGAUGACGGUCUAUGGUCAAGACCUGUCCAAAGAUCUGAAUACUGUAAGUGGGAAAGGAAAGAGCAAUGACAAGACAGAAAUUGUAUGGACGACGGCUACAACUACUGAACCAGAAGAUAAAUUUCAUUUUGUUAGUACAACGCCCAAUAUCAACAUCAACAACCAUCAUCCCCUGCUUGAAGAAAUCAUUCAUGAGACAUUACUGAAGAAGGAUUUCCUUGGUCAGGAACCACUUUUUACCAAUAAGAUAGGAAUGAGAAUUGGUGCUACUUUUCCUGCUACUCAGUCACAAAAACCUCAAGAUCCUUUGGUUCAUCAUGUAGUCACCAAUGACACUCCAUUUUUUUCUGACAUAACCACAACUACAAUGGCCUCAACCUCUCCAAUGACAACACUGGGCACUUCUUCAUCUUUGGCAACAGAUGCUGCUCCUUUGGCUGACCAUACUGGUGUAACACAAGGAGGGAAAACUCCUCCAAUGUUGCGAAUGGUUGCCACCACAGAUUCUCUCACAACAUCUGCUGUGAGCUCAGCUACAUCUGAGCUGCCUGAAACUGCGUUCCCAAAUAGCAUUACUGCAUUUGUUCAAACUGAGCCUGGUCGCCCCUCAACUGUAACAGGAGAGCCUCAGAGCAAAUCUGGUAUCUUCCAACAUUUCAGCAACCAAGGAGUGGCUACUGCGGUGACUGGAAACCCUCCAACAGCCAUUACCCCAACAGUCGGAGCAGGCACACAUCAAAUGCAAGGACUGAAUACUGAGCAGCAUCACAAUCCUGCUGCAGACCCAACCGUCUCCUCAGUUGCUAGCGAGACUGAUGAGGAAACUACAACUACAACCAUCAUUACCACAACAAUAAUUACAACUGUGCAGACACCAGUUCCUUGCAGUUUAAAUUUCACAGACUUUGAGGGUUACAUUGAGUCUCCAGAAUACCUCAGUCACCUGUACUACAGCAACUUGGACUGCAUCUAUACUAUUACAGUCUACAGAGGAUAUGGAGUGGAACUUCAGGUCAAAAACAUCAGCCUGUCUGAAGGAGAGAUGCUAACAAUUGAAGGGCUCGAUGGAAAUGAACCAACUGUUCUUGCCAAUGAGUCGAUUUUAAUGAAGGGGCAGGUGAUUCGCAGCCCAAGCAAUCAAGUUUCUAUCCACUUCCAGAGCAUUCAACUUGGAAAUCCAGGCUCAUUCCAAUUCCAUUAUCAAGCGUAUUUGCUGAGCUGUGGAUUUCCACAGAAGCCGUCCUUUGGCGAUGUGUCUGUCACCAGCCUCCAUCCUGGUGGAGUGGCGCACUUCUACUGUAACACAGGUUACCACCUGCAAGGUUUCCCUUCCCUCACCUGUGUCAAUGGCAGCAAGCCUCGCUGGAGUGACAAUGAACCGGAAUGCAUCGCUACCUGUGGGGGAUUCAUUCGAAAUGCAACUGUAGGCCGCAUCACAUCACCCAACUUUCCGGGUAACUAUAGCAACAACCUGACCUGUUACUGGUUGAUUGAAGCUCCAGAAGGACAGAAGUUACACUUGCACUUUGAGAAAGUUGCACUGGCCGAAGACGAUGACAGGGUCAUAAUUCGGAAUGGGGACAGCAUUGACGCUCCUUCAGUUUAUGACUCCUAUGAAGUGGAAUACCUGCCCAUCGAAGGCAUCGUCAGUGAUUCACAACAUUUCUUCAUUGAAUUGACUACUGACAGCUCUGGUACAUCUACUGGAUUAGCUUUAAGAUACGAAGGGUCUUACAGGUUAAACAUGGGACAGAAUGAUGUUCUCACCUUUUAUGAUGGGGAUGAUCUAACUGCAAGAUUAUUGGGCCAGUACACAGGCACUCAUCAUCCUUUCAAACUGUACACAACCAUGGCAGAUGUCACCAUUCAGUUCCAAUCUGAUCCGGCAACCAAUGUGUUUGGAUAUCAACAGGGAUUUGUCAUUCAUUUCUACGAGGUUUUGAGAAACGAUACCUGCCCGGAAGUGCCAGAAAUUCUGAAUGGUUGGAAAACAACUUCUCACCCUGAACUAAUCCACGGAACUGUGGUGACGUACCAGUGCUACCCAGGAUUUGAGCUGAUUGGGACCGACAUCCUCAUGUGUCAGUGGGAUUUGUCAUGGAGUGGAGAUCCCCCAACAUGUGAGAAGAUCAUAUUCUGCACUGAUCCCGGUGAUGUCGAUCAUAGCCGCAAAAUUAUCGCAGAUCCCAAGUUUUCAAUUGGCUCCACAGUGCAGUACAUUUGUAACAAAGGCUACACUCUGGCCGGGAGUAAUAUACUGACUUGUUACAACAGGCAGUCUGGGAAUCCUAAGUGGAGUGACAGGGUUCCUAAGUGUAUCCCGGAGGUGUUUGAGCCUUGUCACAACCCUGGGGUGCCUGACAAUGGUUACCAGACCACAGAGAAGAGGUUGUACCAAGCAGGGGAAGCCUUGCGGUUUGCCUGUUAUGACGGCUAUGAGCUCAAGGGGGAAGCCAAUAUCAAAUGCAUUCCAGGACACCCCUCAGAGUGGAGCAACCCACCUCCAUUCUGCAAAGUUACUUUUGAUAAAUACUUCAACGAACGUAGACUGGAAGUGGCCAAGCCUGCAAGCUCUCUGAGCCAGAUGCAAGGAAGUCAUAUUGCCAUUGCAGUAUUCAUCCCGAUGAUCAUUGUAGCUCUCCUCAUCGCUGCGAUCUAUUUCUACUUUACAAAGUUCCAGGGAAAGUCCACAUUAAGGUUGCCACUGGCCGGCCCUCAUCCUUACAACCACAUCACCGUGGAAUCAGCAUUCGACAAUCCCAUAUAUGAGACAGGAGUAAGUAAUGAGCCCCUCCAGCUGAGGGAUUUGGAUCCUGAAAAUACACCUGUCCUUACCUGAACAACUUCCAUCACAUCACAGUUGUCCUCUUACAGCUGCAUGCCAUAGGCAUG